AGUACUUAUAAAUUAUUUAAAUAAUUUAAAAUGUCAUAUGAUCCAUUUCCCUUGGGCACCAAAUUGCAAGUGGAAACCUGCUUUGGUGACCUGCUAACUGGCGAGGUGGUUACCUAUGAGCAUAGCGUCAAAAUGUUGGUAUUGAAUAUCAGUAAGGAAGACAGCGCUGGUGACAAAAAGCAGAGCAGCACACGCUGCAUCGUCAACUUGGACUGGGUUAAGGAUAUUAAGAUAAUUGAGGAAGCAGUCGAGGAUGUGAGCGAGCCGCCAGCGCCUUUAAAUUUUCAACAUCUUGAUCAACGCUUGCAACGUUCCGUCCUGCAGCGUGAGCGCGAGUUGCGCAGUCGCUCUGAGGAGGCCAACACGCGUGGCAAGCAACACAAUCCAACAGCCCGUCGUAGAACUUAAAAUAGCAAGCGCCAUGACAACUAAUAAAUCAUGCCAAAAUACACUCAUACGCACAUAUAUAUCUAUUAUAUACAUAUGUACAUAGAAACACAGUCGGGGUCUUUGC